AUGCGGAUAUUGUGGCUUACCGUAUCGUACCGUACCCUGUCUGCAUGUUUGUCACCAGUUCCAACUGGCUCUCCACUGCUGCUCAACGUGACGGCAACAUCAUCUUCAUCUCUGCAUGUGAUCUGGUCGCCACCAGAAUCUGCACACAAAAUCGUACAGUACCGUAUUCAAUAUCGUGUCGUGAACACCGAGAACUUCACUGCGGCUGUUAGUUCGAGCUACGAAGACGAUGCUGAUGACGAUGCCUUUACUACCAAACCACCUGUUGUCUACAAUGUGUUGGUGAAUGCAAGUGAUGUGACGUCGGCAAAUGUGACCGCAUUGAAGCCGUUCACCGUCUAUGAAAUUACCGUAGCUGCCGUAACAGCAUUCGGUUACGGUCCAGACAGUGGUCCCUUGCGUAGGAGGACUCUUGAAGACGGUGAGAUUUUGAAGCAUUUGAGUAAUUUCUUACAUUUUCAGCCGAUGAUGAGGAUGUCCUACCUGGUAAGUGGUUGUCGUGAAGUGAGGCUAGCUUACAAAUAA